AGGGAGCGCUGCGGGAAGACAGCAAAAACAUAAGGGACUGAUCAAAACUGUGGAGCCCGGAGCAAGGAGAGGAAACUACACCGCAGCGGAGCUCCGGAUUUUUUUGUUCUUUUAGCUUCACACAGAGAUUAUAAUAACACUAAACGCUCAAGUCGGGAGUUUGGGGAGUCCGGCGGCGGGGGGGUUCCAUCGCGCCUGCGUCACCGAAGUUGUUGAUAACUUUUCGCGUGGCAUCUCGCUGAGACGAGGGACACGAAAGUGGCAUCGCCUGAAACUUGGGAGCGAAACAAGUCUCGGUUUGUCGUCCUGCCAACCGCAUCCGCGGGCGUUACGUUGUUCGGUUUCUUCGUUGCUGCCGAUCAACAACAAUAAUAAGCGAAGCAUCGACAAAUAGGCCCGAAAAGCCGUGAAAAUAAUAGUAAUAAUACGAGGAUGGAAAUCUUGGACAGUAGUGAAUCGUUCCUGCACUGGGACCGGAAUCUCAGCGAGCUGUCGGAGGUGGGGGAAAACGACAGCGUCCUCUACGGCACCCACUUCUCCGAGCUCCUUGACGACCUUUCCCAGGAUGCCCUGCUGGGCCAGCUGCUCAGCGACCCCUUCCUGUCCGGGGUGAGAGGCGGAGUGGAGGCCAUGGAGGGCGAGGACGGCAGCGACCUCUCCCCCUCCUCCCCCCUGCCCCCCCACAUCACGGCCGAGCACAGCUACUCGCUCUGCGGGGACAGCCGGCCCCAGUCCCCCCUGUCGCACCUCAACGGAGAGCAAGGCAGCGACGCCGCCGAGUCUGACGGCGGGGAUUCGGGGGAGUGGCCCAUGGAACAGGAGGAGGCCAUGGAAGGCCUCCUGUGCGAGUCUCCCUCCCUCAUCUCCACCCUCUCCUUGUCCCUGACCACCACUGAGGGGCCCCAAAUGGCCGAGGGCCCCGCAUCUGCCCCUCCAGCUGCACCAGCACCCACCGCCGUCGCCGCCAAGCAUAACCAGGCCAAGGUCAUCAAGGAGGAGAGUGUUAUUCCUCAGAUUAAACUAGAGCCCCAUGAAGUGGACCAGUUCCUCAAUCUCUCACCCAAAGGUCUGGAGUCGCUUCACAUGCCUCCCACCCCUCCCAGUUCCCACGGCAGUGACUCCGAGGGCAGCCAGAGCCCCGUGCACGCCCCACCCAGUCUCUCCUGCCCCCCCUCCCCUGACAGCCCCACACCUUCACAGCCCACCCUGAAGGUGGCGCAGCGUGCCCCUUCCUCCCUCUCCAACUCCCCCCUCCUCACUGCCCCUCACAAGCUGCAGGGGUCGGGACCUUUGAUUCUGACUGAAGAGGAGCGUCGUACUCUAGUCGCCGAAGGUUACCCCGUCCCCACCAAACUGCCCCUCACCAAGGCCGAGGAGAAGGCGCUGAAGAAGAUCCGCAGGAAGAUCAAAAAUAAGAUCUCCGCUCAGGAGAGUCGCAGAAAGAAGAAAGAGUACAUGGAUGCCCUGGAGAAGAAGGUGGAGACAUGCUCCAAUGAAAAUAGCGAGUUGCGCAGAAAAGUGGAGAAUCUGGAGUGCACCAACAAGUCCUUGCUGCAGCAGCUGCAGUCUCUACAGGCCGUUGUGGCAGCAAAGGUCCCCAAGUCCUGUAGGGUGGCUGGCACACAGACAUCAUCCUGCCUCAUGGUGGUGGUUUUGUGUUUUGCUGUGUUUCUGGGGAGUUUCUACCCCAGCAGUCUAAAUCCCUGUUCUACCAUCACCGAGAGUGGCUCUGUCUCUAAACACCUGGCUGUUAAAGAUUCCUACACAGCCACAGUUAAGUCCAGGAAUCUGUUGUCCACCUAUGAGGACGAGCAACCACACCUUCUCGGCCUAGGCGGAGAAUAUCCCGACCAAUGGGAGGAUACGCCCGCCGUCGUCAUGGCAGCGUGGCGCCGCUCUGAGCAAAAGAAACUGGUGAUGGAGUCAGACAGGGUGGAGACCCAUCCGCCUUUAAGAAGCAACACCAACGAUACGCAGACUCCUAAAAACCUCCUGCUGGACCUGCACAGGUCUCUGGAACACAUGGUAAACGAGAGCAGUAGUAAGGUGAUAGAGCUGGAGCGAACGGUGAACGAGACCUCCUGAGGCCGGCAUCAUUACUUCGUCCCUGACCCUUAACCCCUAACCCCUGGCCCUUUGACUUUUUGACCUUCCCUCUCUAGAGCAGAGUUCAGUGUCCUGGAGCAAACCUUGUACGCAGUGACGGUUCUUUAAGGUCAUUUUACUUUUAUACCAUUUCUGCUCGAGUAGAUGGUGCACUGUAAAGAAAAUUAAUAUAGAUUUAAUAAUAAGGCACUGGUGGCUUUAAAUUGUGGUUUUUUUUAUCAGUAGUUUUUGUUGUUCUUUUCAAACAGGUCAAAGCUAUACAUCAGAUACAUCAUAUGUGUUAAGUGAGAGACACGGAAUAAAAACGGUCACACGGCUGAACAGUAGACAACACUGACACUACGAUUGACAAAACGAAAAUUCAGAUUCACCCAUCCAUCCAUUAUCCAAACCGCCCAUCCUGCUCUCAGGGUCGCGGGGAUGCUGGAGCC